GACUGUAUAUGGCUGUAACCUAAACUGACUGAGGAGGGCAGCGUUGCGCCUCCCAGCAAGCAGCCUGCAGGACCGGAAUUUCAAAUGGCGAAGAAGAAGUCAGACGAUUUACCCCGUUUGUUGCAACAGUAGCAGCAUUUCGUUGACUAACAUUCGAUCUGACAUAAAAUGAUUUCAAGUUCGCAAAGACGCACCAUAAGUUAACUCGUGUUGGAUAUUUGGAGGAGACGUUAGACGCUGCCUUACUCGAAGGAUGAAGGUGAAGAUUAGACAGUGGAACGGAGUGGCCUCCUGGCUGUGGGUGGCCAAUGAUGAAAACUGUGGGAUCUGCAGGAUGCCCUUCAAUGGCUGCUGUCCAGACUGCAAAGUGCCUGGGGAUGACUGCCCGCUGGUCUGGGGUCAGUGCUCCCAUUGUUUCCACAUGCAUUGCAUCUUGAAAUGGCUGAACUCACAGCAAGUCCAGCAGCAGUGCCCCAUGUGCCGACAGGAGUGGAAGUUCAAAGAAUGAACCUGCAGAGAUUGUGCUGCAGUACGCCUGCAGAGACUCUCACAGAGGCCUGCUCGUGUGUUUCAUUUUUGUAUCAGCUGUAAAUACUGUUUUUGUACUUCUCCAUCUCAUCAAAUGCAAAGGACAUUUGAAAUAUAUUGUAUUCUGUUGAUAGAUGUACGUAAUAAAAUGUAAAAAAAAAAAUAAUAAUAAUAAUAACCUACAUCACA